AUGACAGGCGCCAGUCCUCAUGAAACCGACGCACUCAUUGGUCACAACAACAAUGGCCACCUCGCAAACACAAAGCCAAAACAUAGUAGGCUAUGGCACCAUUUCAAAGAAGAAAUCGACCCUCGGCACUGCGACCUGAUCAUGCUAUACUGCUACCUCAUCACAGGCUUCCUAGACAGCUCCUCAACACUCAUCUGGGGCUCCUUCGUGAGCAUGCAAACCGGAAAUACAGUAUAUCUAGGCCUAGGCCUCGCAGGGGUCUCCGGCAGUGGAGACCGUGCCAUCAAAUCCGGCGCGUCAAUUGCUAGUUUCUGUAUCGGAUCCAUGUUCUUUGGCGCAUUUUAUCGCCUCUUUCCGGGACUUCGGCGCUGGGUGCUUUGUGUCUCGUUUACGAUUCAGAUGCUUCUCAUGGUGUGUGCGGCUGUCAUUGUCACUACUGAGCGGCCUUCACGGGAGUCUGAACUGACGUGGCGUGUCAUUGUGCCUGUCAUAUUGGUCGCGUUCCAGAGUAGUGGGCAGGCCGUUACUAGUCAUGUUAUGGGGUUAGGGGGCUUGUCGAGUGUUGUCUUGACUAAUACCUAUUGUGAUCUGUUUUCACAUGUGGAAAUUUUCUCGCCGGUAACCCUCAUGAAGUCUUUACCACAAAGAAGACGGUUUUUCGCAGUUGUCCUCUUGUUGUUAGGCACGAUUUUGGGAGGUAUAUGGGCUCGAAGUUCGGUUGGAAUAUGUGCAUUGACUUCAUAUCCACCCACCCUCUGA